UUAAUGCUCGUGCCGCCCGCCAUGUAUUGUGUGAGUUGGUGACGAAGAAGGUGGAUUUCGCUGCCCGCUUCUCCGCUCGUUUUGCUGCGUUCUUCCGCUCCCUUAUUUCGUCUGCGGUGUACUGGCGUGGACGGCCACGUUUCGCGACUGCCGAGGUUGCGGCCGCCGACGAUGUAGAUGCUUCGGACUACAUAUCGCUCUGAACCAGAACCGAAGCGACAUUCGAAGUCAUCGCGAGAGCCGUACAGAAGACCGAGGUAAACUCAGCAGGAAGCGUUUCUUCAACAUGGCGGAGAUGGGCGACCCUCGGGCCGCUGUGUGCACUGAGUUCUUGCAGCGCCUCGCGGCACUUGAACCGACGCGAGACGAGCCCACGCUGGACGAGAACGACCGGUACGUGCCUAGCCCUCGUGAAGUCGAGCUGACAACGAGAGUCCUUGCCGAAGACUGCGUGGUAGCCCUCGGACCCCCGGAGCUGAGGCGUCAACUGUGCCUGACGGUAAUACGGGAAAAGAUGUCCUCACUCGCCGUCAUUGUGGGCCAGCGGAUCGCCGAGGACGACUACUUCUUGGACUACCUGCGCAUACUGCUUGCAGCUGACAUCCGCAUCGUGCCUUCCGCGUCGUCUUGGCCUCGUGAAGCGAAUAAGUGCGUCUGUCUGGUGGAGCCCGACGUGCUGUGGUCCCUCCUGGCGAAUGGCGUCGUCAGCAACGUCGAGAUCAACGUUCUAGUUCUGCGCGACUUCGAGCACUACUUGGACCUUGGCCACGCUUACCGCAAGAUCGUGCCGUGCUUCCAGAAAGUUUCUGGACAGAACAAGAACUCAUCCGCCUCGACGUGGCUGUUAGCGCUCGCCGACGAAAUGCAGGUCUGCACUCUAGAUGGCCUGGAAAGUGACCUCGAACGCCUGAGGACACCGCUGAAGCUGACAUGCUGCCUGGCGACGCCCGUGAGACCGCACGCCAAGGAGGCUGCCCUCGAGGUCUGCUUUCUCGAGAUGGACUGGUCGGCUCAAGUCGGCAGCAUUGUGUCCAGCUCUGACGACCCGGAAGUGCAGGAAGUGGGCACGACGCUACGUGAGCGAGGCAUCGUGGCUGCUUGCGGCUUAGCCAAAAAGAUGGACGUGGCGAAUGCUCGGGCGGAGCUGCAAGAAUUCUUGGCGCAGUGCCAGAAACUAAUGACAAAGCUCAAGGGUGACGCUCUUCUGGACAACGCUCAGGGCAAGACGCUGGCCCUCACUUCCACUGUGGCUUCUCAACGGGAUCUGAGGCGGUGGCUCCUAAGUCGGCAAACGGUGGAGGUUGCUGAAGGGCUCGAGGACGUCGAGCUCAUGCCAAUGUUUGUCUUCGCGGCGACAACAGUAGACAUACCCACGUUGCGACAGUACAAUUGGGACGUUGUAGUUUUUUGUGAUUUGCCUUUCGGAGUCUACUGCGAUGAGUUGCUGGAAAAUGCAAACCGUGCAGUCGCCCUGGCCACAGAACCCCAGUGGAAGAAAUGGAAAGAAGCCUUGGACUUGCACGAUGACUUGGACAGGCUUCGUCUGCGUGUAAACGAGCGUUAAAGUAAGCGUUUCUCGUGAAAAAAAAAAAAAUGAAGUUCGCA